AUGUCAUUACACAUCAGUCCUUUUUCUGUGGCAACUAACGCUCUUGUUCUUUCCUUAGCAGGUAUAACUUCUGGUCAAAACCUUGGUGGUCUCGAUACACCCCCUCAAGCAAAUACAGACACUACUACGGAUACCACCAAAACAACAGAAAACACUAGCAGUAUAUUGAUCAAAACAGAUGUGUCAAAUUCCCAAGACACUGCCGGUAAAACCACAGCGCAAAGUACCACCGAUCAAAAAGCUACUCAGGAUACAACCACAACACAAGGAACCUCGAAAGCAGAAAAAGAGUCCGCGGAUCAAACCAAAUCAUCGCAAACAGUUCAAACAACAAAAAUCACUCAAACCCAAAUAGAAACCUCAACUACUCAAGUGGUGGAAACUAUCCAGGCACUGUUGGGUGACACUACUCAUCAAAGCCAACAAGUAUUAACAAAACAAAGCACAAUUACUGCUGCUGGCACACAAACAACAUUGGUGACUCAAACAUUAGUAGUGGUUGAUGGCCAACUGCAAAAGCAUUCUACAGUUACUUUACAAAGUGCAAGUGAAGUGUCUCCAAUUACACCAAAUGAGUCAACAACCUUAUGGGGGGAGCCUUCCACCACUCAGUUGAGCAGUGGUUCCUUAGGCAAAUAUGGUGGUGCCACGCCCGUUACGGAAAAUGAGUCAACGACAAUCUGGUGGAUUCCAAGCACCCAAAUCACAUCUUCGACCACCUCUGGUAUUACAAGUGCCAAAGACAGUACACAAAGAAGUAAUAGUGGUUCUAGUACGAAAUCUUCUGGAGGAUCAAGCGACACAAAAAGUGUUUGGAUCGCUACUGCAGGUUCUGACUUUGCCUCCCAAUCAAAUUCUGAUUCAAAAUCAACUGCUUCACGUAAUAGCUCAUCGGAUGCUUCACGGCAAACAGGUAUGAUAGGUAGUAAAGACCUCACGUGGAAAAAGACAUUAUUGUGUGGUGGGGUUAUCGGUGUCAGCUUGAUACUUAAUUUAUUGUAG